AUGGUUCUCCAAACUUCAUCUCUAGCGUUUGAAGUAAGGAGGUACAAGCCAGAGCUAGUAGCCCCAGCUAACCCUACUCCCCAUGAGUUUAAGUUGCUAUCUGACAUAGAUGACCAAAAGGGUUUACGUUACCAUAUUCCAUUGGUGCAGUUCUAUCGUUGCAAGCCUCAAAUGGCAGGGAAAGACCCUGUUCAACUCAUUAGAGAAGCACUUGCAAAAACACUUGUAUUUUACUAUCCACUCGCGGGAAGGCUUAGGGAAGGUCCUAGUGGAAAACUAAUGGUGGAUUGUAACGGGGAAGGUGUCAUGUUUAUUGAGGCUGAUGCUGAUGUUACACUUGAGAUGUUUGGAAACAUUUUUCUGCCACCAUUACCUUGCUUUGAUGAGCUUCUUUACAACGUUCCCGGUUCAGAUGGAGUGAUUGACUGUCCUCUCCUGCUAAUACAGGUAACGCGCCUCAAGUGUGGUGGUUUCAUCUUUGCUCUCCGCAUGAACCAUACAAUGAGCGAUGGUAGUGGAAUUUCCCAGUUCCUGAAAGCCUUAUCAGAAAUAGCAUGUGGAGCACCAAAGCCUUCUAUUCUCCCUGUGUGGCGUAGAGAACUAUUAUGUGCAAGAGACCCACCGAGAGUUACAUGCAUCCAUCAAGAAUACCAACAAAUACCACCUGAUUCCAAAAGCAUCUUCAAACCCCAUCAUCGUUCCUUCUUCUUUGGCCCAAAAGAGAUAGCUUCAAUCCGUGAACUUCUUCCCCAUCAACAAGUUUCUCAACCCACCUCCUUCGAUGUCCUCACAUCAUUCCUCUGGCGUUGUCGCACAAUUGCAUUGCAGUGGCAAAACCCUGAUCAAGAGGUGCGCUUGUUGUGCAUUGUGAAUGCACGUUAUGGACGUUGCAAGUUCAACCCUCCAUUGCCUGAAGGUUUUUAUGGCAACGCUUUUGUGUUUCCGGCUGCGGUUACAACCGUGGGGAAGCUAUGUGGUCGUCCACUAGGGUAUGCUCUGGAGCUAGUGAAGAAGGCAAAGGAUGAAGCAACUGAAGAGUAUGUGCACUCUGUCGCUGACCUAAUGGUAACCAAGGGAAGACCUUGCUUUACUACCUUAGGGUCUUUUAUGGUUUCAGAUCUUACAAAGGCUGCAUUCAGAGAUGUGAACUUUGGUUGGGGCAAAGCUGUGUAUGCUGGUUUAGCAAAAGGUGGUCUUGGGAACAUUCCUGGAGUGAGUUUCUAUCUUCCUUUUACAAAUUCAAAAGGAGAACAAGGUAGAGUUGUUCCAAUUUGCCUUCCAGUUGAUGCUAUGGAGAGGUUUGAGAAAGAGUUGGAUGACACAUUCAAGAUCAAGAAAGACACUAUGAUAUUAAUGUCCAAUCUCUAA